UCGAGCCGAUCAGACGUUCUAAGUAUUAAGAUCACCGACGGACCCUUACAUAAGCCCCAAAUCGAGUGUCUAUAAUGCCAAGUCGUUAUAUCUUUCGUGCUGUUCAGGCUAUUCAAACUUGAGUUUGUAGAAACUAAGGGGUAAAAGAACUACCCUCAGCUCUCAGCCCUUACCUCCGGGUAUUUGAUUCGGUCUUGGUCCCGGUACCCUUACCAGUUCCAGUUCCCAAGUAUUAUGUUCUCGCUGCUCCAUCACCCGCUCGUCUGCCGCUGCUGCUUGAUAGAGCAGCCGCCGCUUUACCACAGCCUUCAUGACGCCUCCAGCCGGUUGGCCGCGGAGUUGAAGGCUCUGGCACCCAGCCUGCGCCUGGAUCCUGGAGAUAACCUUACCGACGUGAUCUGCGAACUUUGCCUGCGCCGGUUGCACGACGCCCGCGACUUUCAGCGCCGAUGCGAGCACUCCGAGCAGGAGCUCCGUUCACGUCACGAGCACUGGAAGCAGAGGGUAGAAGUGGGCGACGUCCUGGCCCUGGACGAUGUGCUCGAGUGCCUGGAGCGUGAGGUGGGCAGCCUGGAGGGACCGGCGGUGGCCACGCCCCUGCAGCCUAGCAAGCCGGUGGCCUAUGUGGCGCCGCUCAUGGAGAGUGUGGAUUUCGAAAACUUGGACUUCCAGGACAACUCACCUAGUCAGUAUGAGGCGCCAACCUUUUGGCAAUCCACCAUGGAUGCGGGCAGCCUGAACACUCCACACCACCAGCCGGACACCCUUGAGCCUUUCGAAGCCGGCGGUGUUCAGCUGGAGCAACCGCUUCUUCCGGAGUCUUCCGUGGAAGCAGAUACAAAAUUAAGUCCAAAGCCCACUAAGAAGCGGACGAAGCCCAAGGCCAAGCCUCGUCCUGACAGCCAGAAACCCAAGAUAGACAGGACCACCAGUUCACCGCGAUCCUUGCACCCAUGCAGCGAGUGCGAGAAGAAGUUCACGCGAAACUUCCAGCUGAAGCUCCACAUGACAGCCGUGCACGGGCUGGGCGAGAUGCGGUACCAGUGCGAGGAGUGCCGUAAGACCUUCGCCUCGCGGCACAGCCUCCGCUACCACGUCAAGUCGGUGCACUCGACGGAGCGUCCCUUCGGCUGCCAGCAUUGCGAGCGACGCUUCGUCCUGCGCACCCAGCUGAUGUCCCACCUGCGCACCCACACCGGCGAGACCAAGCCGCGGAUCUUUGCGUGCACCUGCUGCACCAAGAGCUGGCCCACCAAGUCGGACCUCCGCACCCACAUGCGCUCCCACUUCCCGAACAUGGAGCGGCCCUUCAAGUGCGAUCGCUGCUCGAAGGCAUUCUUCACGCGGGGACACCUGAACUCCCACCUGCUGGUGCACACCGGCGAGAAGCCGUUCGUCUGCGAUUACUGCGCCAAGUGCUACCAGAGCGUGGGCAACCUGAACAACCAUAUGGUGCGGCAGCACGCGGACAUUAUCGAGGCCCAGCUGGAGAUGGAGGCCAUCGAGAGCUGAUCCUGGUCCUGAGCGUGCUCCUCGAGGCUGCAUCAAGUAUUAAGGCAUGGACACAGCAUGAGCCUCGAGUCAGGUGCAAACAUGUAUUUAUUUUUAGGAAAUAUAAUAAUAAUAACAAUAUAUAUAUACAAUAAUAAUGAUAUUUCAAAAAGGAUCUGCUCUAAAAUUAGUUCCAGGGCCUCCAAACCAAUCGAGUGCCCUUUGGAUUCCAAUUUGGAGAGCUGCAGCAGCUCAGCUUAAAUAUAUUUUCAACUAAUAAAGAGAUUUUAAAUGAAUGUAAGCACUUGCAAUAAAAUAUUAUUUCUUAAAACAGUUUUUAUUUCAAAUACACAGAGAAAGG